UGUAUGUUUGUCCAUCAUACGUAAUAGGGUGCUACUGUACAAUUUCUCUCAUUUUUUUUGCACGUUCCAUCGCACUUCUUGGACAAGACUGAUGAGAGUUAGAGCGUUGGUUUCUACGAUAUUCUGAGAAAUUAUCGCAUUGAAAAUCUUCCGCAUGAAUUCGAUUCGAAUUAAUUGUUAAUUUGCAGCUGAACCGUGAGCGGGUUCGUUUGUUUGUCCUUGACGCGACCGAUGUGGAGACUCCACGCGAGUCUCCUCGAUAAAUCGUUCAAAGAUGCAAACGCAGGAGACUGAAGGUGCAGAUGGAUCUCCAUGGAAUAACUCUAGUGGCUGCGAUGAGGAACGUAGGCUGGCUUCAAAGGAGGGUAAAAAGUCAAAUGUGUUGCCACUAUGGGGCAACGAGAGGACUAUGAAUUUGAAUCCUUUGAUUCUCACCAACAUACAGUCGUCGCAUUAUUUUAAGGUGAAUCUGUACGAACUCAAGACCUAUCAUGAGGUGAUAGAUGAGAUCUAUUAUAAGGUCUCUCACUUAGAACCAUGGGAAAAAGGCAGCAGAAAGACUGCGGGCCAAACUGGCAUGUGUGGAGGCGUGAGUAUGUUUUUUCAACAACAUCGGAUUUUUUCUUUUUAUCUUUAUCUUUGUUUUUUAAUUAUUAAUGCAUUUGUUGAAAGUCUAAGGCUUAGGAAACAUGUUGCACAAAUAUAUUCGUUUGUACAGAAAACUGAUUAUAUUGCACUAGCCAGCGACCUAUGGGCAAAUUGUCAAAUGAGAGUAGUAAG